GUAGACCGUUAUACAUUACAAAAUGGACGCCAUAUUAUUAUUCUUGCGGAGGGCCGUUUGGUGAAUCUUGGCUGCGCCCAUGGCCAUCCAAGUUUUGUGAUGUCAAAUUCAUUCACAAACCAAAUCCUUGCUCAAAUAGAACUAUGGACUAAGCCAGGCGAAUACAAAAUUGGCGUAUAUUUCCUACCUAAAAAGCUCGAUGAAGAAGUUGCCGCUGCUCACUUGCAGCAUCUCGGCGUAAAUCUGACAAAGCUUACAAAAGAACAGGCAGAAUACUUGAAUGUACCACAGGAGGGGCCCUACAAAGCCAACUACUACAGAUAUUAA